AUGGACGUCCUCGACGCCCUCGACACGGGCUGGACCUGGCUCGGCGACCUGCCCAGGUAUGCGGCCCGCGAGCCGGGCACCCUGGCAGCCAUCAAGGCCGCCACGCAGGCCGGCUGGCAUCCCUCCGCGGCGCCACUCAUCUCAGUGGUCAAUGGGGCCUACUCCUACUCGCUGGAGUAUGGCCUGGUGUUGGGCCUGGCCCGGCAAGUGGUGGUCCUGUCGAUCGGCUUCCACCUGGCGGUGUGCCUGGCCUGGCGCCUGUGGGCCGGCGUCGGCCAGCGGCCGCUGGCCGCCCCGGCCUCGCGAAUGGCCGCCCCGGCCGGGGCCAAGCCGGACAUCCUGUCGAAUGAGGCGCGGGCCGCCCGCCGGGCCUUCCUGGACAACGCCUGGAAGGAGGCCCAAUGCAUGAUGUCCACCGUGCAUGCGGUGGUCGUGCUGGCGCUGCUGGCUGUGUGGUUCACCGGCGCCGGGCGGACCAGCGGCUUCCUGCGGGAUCUGAUGACUGUGGCGCCCUCCGGGCGCCAGGUGGAGCGCAUGCUGAUGGUGGCCCCGCUGGCGGCCUUCGGCACCGAGGGCGACCCCGGGGUCCGGUCCAUCCGCUGGCUGGAUAGCCUGGCCUCGGUGGCCGGGGCCGACCCCGGUGUGGCCGACCGCUUCAUGAUCCUGCUGGCCAUGUUCUCGGUGGGCUACUUCCUGGCAGACAGCCUGCUCAUGCUGGCCGUGCCGGUUCUCUAUGCACCGGCGCAAAUGGUCCACCACUUGCUGAUCGCGCCGACCUUCUCCUUCUGCGCCCUCACCGGCGUGGCCAUUCCCUUUCCCUUUCUCUUCCUGGUGGAGGAGCUGUCGACGCCCUUCCUGAACAUGCGCUUCCUCCUGCGCAACUAUGCCCCCGGGGCGGCCGCCAGCCGGGCCAAGAGCCUGCCGCCGGGCCGGCCGGCUGGUGAUUCGGCCGCACAGCCGGCUGCCGGCGUGACGUCCGAUGCCGCCGGGCCGGCAGCCGCCGGCCGGGCCCGUCGCCGCGGGGCCCCGGACCCCACGCGCCCCCGGGACACCGGCCCCGGCCCCGGCCCCGGCCCCGGCCCCGGCAAGACCGAUCCCACGCAGCCGGACGACCUGGACCUCUCGGAUGCCCCCUGGCAGACACACGCCUACGGCCUGGUCGAGUGGGUCUUCGCCGGGACCUUCCUCUUUGCCCGCAUGGGCAUCGGCUCGGUGUUCUUCUAUCGACUCUGCCGGCUGGCCUUCGGCCAUGGGCUGAUGCUGUGGCCGGACGACCGGCGAUACUGGGCAUGGGGGCUGCUGGCCAUGUGCGCCCUGACCCGGGUGUUGAAUGUCUUCUGGACGGUGAAGAUCCUGCAACUGGUCAGCCGCCGGGUGGCCGGCAUCCGCCGGCGGUGGCGUCACCGUCAACAGCGGCGCCUCACCAAGCAGCCCGCCGCCGCCGCCGCCGCCGCCGCCGCCGCCGCCGCCGCCGCCGGGUCCUAG